CGCGCGGUGGCCGGAUGCCCAUCUGGGGCACGACCGCCCUGGGAAGAAGUGUCUGUGUGGUUUUGAAGCCCGCGAUUAGCUGGGGGAAGCCUUCGAGGUUGCACUCGGGGGGUGCCAGCUGCUGCCGAGGCUGCUUUUCCUGAACACACGGCAAGCCUGUGAAGGUAGUUGGAGUCCCCUAACAAUGGAUAAGUUCGUCGUUCGAACACCUAGAAUCCAGAAUAGCCCUCAGAAGAAAGAUCCUGGAGGAAAGAUUUACAAGCAGGCCACGAUUGAAUCUCUGAAGAGAGUUGUGGUUGUAGAAGACAUAAAAAGAUGGAAAACUAUGUUGGAGCUUCCUGAUCAAACCAAAGAGAAUCUAGUUGAAGCCUUACAAGAAUUAAAGAAGAAAAUACCCUCCAGGGAAGUGUUAAAAUCAACAAGGAUAGGUCACACUGUGAACAAAAUGCGUCAACACUCAGAUUCAGAAGUGGCUUGUCUUGCCAGAGAAAUUUACACUGAGUGGAAAACUUCCAUCGAAAAACAUACGGAUAGACCUUCUAUUGAAGUCCGAAGUGAUCCCAAAACCGAGUCAUUUAGGAAAAAAGCCCAGAAAUUACUCUCAGAAGCCUUGGAAUUAAAGAUGGAUCACCUACUGGUUGAAAAUAUUGAGCGGGAAACGUUUCAUCUCUGCUCCCGCCUCAUUAAUGGGCCGUACCGGCGGACGGUGAGAGCCCUGGUCUUCACAUUAAAGCAUCGAGCUGAAAUCCGGGCUCAGGUGAAGAACGGCUCGCUGCCGGUCGGCACGUUUGUACAGACCCACAAAAAGUGACCUGAGGCUGGUCCAACCCUGGGCCGGGCAGAGAGGAAAAUGGGUCUCUCUCUGCCGUUCAAAGGUGCUUUUGAGUUUGGGUGAUGGCUAUGCUAGAUUUUCCCGUGGUGCCGUUCCUUUGCAGACAGAGGAUGCAGAAAGCUCUGGGAGACAGGCCUGUAGGAACAUGCUUCAUUAGCUGUAGUGCGCCAGGGCUGCCUAACAGGACACACAUGGGCUGUCACUGGGAAGCGCCAUACGGUUGCCGUCACCCAACACGGUGAAAGGGUGACAGAUUUCACUGUGAGUAUGCCAAGGACACCUCUAAACUUCCCCCAUGUCAGGCAGAUGAAGUUACUGCUUUAUUUCACCACCCUGCAGGUAACUGAAACUCAAUUACCGCUGCCGCUCACUUGGUUCCAUCCCCUUGAGUUUAUAUAGCUCUGGUGCCUCUCAGAACUCCCCUGUCUGUUCUCUUUGCUCUACCCCAGGGGUGAGCCUGCCGGAGCCUGCCAGAGCCAACCGACUACCCCUUCUUCCCAGAGCUCACUUAUCUGAACGUUUCAGCUCUCCCUGGAAGACCUUCCGCGUUGGUCUCCAGAGCCCCCAUGCUGAGGCUUCUAAUGAGGAACUGGCCUGAAGCCUCCCACACCUCGGGGCUUAUUUGAAUACAUUGGCUGUCUCGGCUUAGGGCUCUGUGGAAGAUACAUAAUGAAAUUUCUCUUGAAAUGAAUUACUGCAGUAGAAAAAAUGUAUACAUAUAUAUGUUAAAAUAAAACAUCUCUAUACAGGACUGCUUAAACAAUUGUGUAAAUUAUAUCUGCUUUUUUAAAG